ACAUGGCAGCCUUCGGUGUACACUUCGGGAAUUCUUCAGCAUGUUUAGCUGUGUUUAAGGAUGGGAAGACUGAUGUGGUGGCCAAUGAUUUGGGAGACCGAACAACGCCAGCAAUGGUGGCUUAUACUGAAUUAGAACAGGCAGUAGGCAUGGCUGCCAAACAAGCAUAUAUCAGAAAUGCUCAGAAUACAGUUCCCUGUGUGAAAAAGGUCCUUGGCCGUGCUAUGGAUGAUCCAGAAGUACAGGCAUACAAAGAUUGUUAUGCAGUGAAGGUUGUACCUCAUAAAGGUGAGCCUCAUUUUCAAGUGGAAUUCAAAGAAAAGACAACACUGGUUAGUCCAGGAACUGUGGCUGAAGCAGUGUUCAAAACUAUGAUGGGUAUUGCCAAAAGUCAUGGGGAUGGAGACAUACACGACUCUGUGUUAACAGUGCCUACUAAUUUUACAGAGGAACAAAUAACAGCCAUUAGUGAUGCUGCAGCUUCAGGAGGGUUCAAUAUUCUACGAGUGAUUAAAGAGCCACUGGCAGCACUCAUGGCAUAUGAUAUCGGACAGAUGGAAAACAAAACAGAGAGUUGUACAUUGGUAUUCCGCCUCGGUGGAGAGUCGAGCAGUGUCUGUGUAGUCAAGUCGUAUAAUGGUCUGUACCGCAUCAUGGGUUCUGUCAACAGUACCCAGUUGUCAGGGUCAAAGUUUACUAAAGCCCUGGCAGACCACUUAGCAGCAGAAUUUUACAGACAGUACAAACUUGACGUGAAGGAGAGUCGGCGGUCAUUGAGUAAACUCAGUGUGGCAGCUGAGAGGUGUAAACACACAUUGUCUACCCUUGGCAAUGCUUCCUGUGCUGUUGAUUCUCUGUUUGAGGGUGUAGACUUCCACAACAGUGUAUCCAGGGCGAGGUUAGAGAACCAGGUUGGACCCCUGAUGCAUCAGUGUACAAGUCUUAUAGAUGCAGCUUGUAGUGAUGCUGAAAUAACAACAGACCAAAUAGACAAGGUGAUUGUUUGUGGUGGUGGAGCAAAAAUGCCUUUGGUUCAGAAAACAAUUAAGGACUAUAUCAAAACUGCAGAGAUUUUAAGCUCCAUUCCUCCAGAUGAAGUUAUAGCGAUUGGCUCAGCCAAACAGGCUGGUAUUCUCACAGGAUGUGAUGCAACAGAAAGUAAAGAAAAUGCAGAGGAUAAUGAAAUAGAAUGCUUGUCAAAGACUGUGUGUCUAAGGUCUUGCAGCAAUGGUGAGACCAGACUGGAAUUGGUGUUCCCAUCCCUGACCCCACUCCCAUCCCGUAAACAUGAGACUGUGAUGUUGGGCGAUCAUCAAACAUCUUUACAAAUGGAUCUGUGCGAAUGUGAUGACCUUCAGCAACCAGACACUGCAGCAGACCUUGCCAAGCUUGUGAUGAGAGACUUACCAGAAGCAGCUAAAGUGUUAGUUACCUUCCAUCUAAGAAGGGAAGGCUCCCUCCAUGUGACAUGUCGGGAGGAGACAUCAAACAAAACCGAGUCUGUCGUUGUUGAGGUAUGCAGCUGAUGACUGAAGGCCUUAGGAUAAUAGUGAUUAGUACAUAUUACCAUGCAUCAGGACCUCAUCAGUGAAACAGUCAGAAGGACUUGGCUGAUGUUCACAGUACAACAGUUUUAUCUGUAUGUAUAAGAUAAACCUUGGAUGCCAUGCCCUGUUCACUAGUCUGAAAGUUUUACUACUUAUUUUGACUGCUUCUGUCAAUUCAGGUGUAGUUUACCAUCAGUUUUGUGUGAUCAGAGGAAUGAACAGUUACCAAAUAUGACUAAUUUCCAUGACAGCCAACUCAUGUGAAGCUCACAAAAAAGGCAGUUAUCAAGUCAAAAACAUUUGAGUAUUUGACUAGAAGAUGUAACAUGAGAAGGACUGAGAAAGAAGUGGAAUUUGUACAUCAAUAUAUAAUGCUCCAUAUGAUGGCAGGCUUGUAAGGGGCCCACAUUGGAGAUGAGGGUAGCCUAUAGUAAUCAGGUUGUCUAUCUGUCUGUCUGUCUGUCUGUCCGAUUUUGUUUACUUGACACUGUCUUAAGUGAUCUUAUGUUUUGCCUGUUGUCUGUCUGUCAACUUUCUGUCGGUAUCAUGUCAAUUGUGCCAUUUGAAUGACGUCUUCUCAAUAAGCAAGAAAUCCUGAGAAAUUUUACAAAAAUAAAUUACCAUGACAUAUAUUCAAGGUCACAGGUGUCAAAUUUGUUAACACUUGAAAAGUCUUAUUGUUAAGCUAAGGGUUUAGAAGUAUAUUUAGCAGAUUGGAUGACUCCUGAAUCAUUUUUCGAAAAGAAAUAGCUUUGACUUAAACUCAGGGUCACAGGGGUUAAAAUGUUUACAUGAAUUCUUUUCACUUAUCAAAAGACCCAUAAACAUGAUAUUUGGCUGAUGGGUUCCGAGGAUGAAUCUUACAAAGUGUGUGAAAAAAAAUUACCUUGAGCCAUGUCACAGGGGUCUUUGACACAGUAUCUCAGACUUUACCCAAUGCCAAUUCAAAUGAAGUGGAAUUGAUUUUCUUAUCUUGAGGAAAAAGGUCCAGGUCACUGUUACUAUAAAUAGAAAGUCAAUUUGAAUUUUUACACUUGGACCUUCUCUAUGGCUUCUUCACAGGAAUUGUUAACUCUCAUUUGUUUUUCAUUUUCACUGGCCAUAGCUGAAGGUCAUUAUCAUUAUAAAUAGAUAUAGAAAGUAAAUCACAUCUGUAUGUUACUUGUUAAUAAUUUCUUAUGAUAUAAUGAAGCCUAAUUGACUGGUUCUAUGACAUCAGGUCAAAGGUCAAGGUUAAAUCUGAAUUAUGGUACUCACAGAUAUUUUGUUAUGACAUAGUGAAGCUUUCUUUACUGAAAUCAAAGGAUAUGUUGACAGAUCACAGGUCAAAGGCCAAGAUUAACGUUGAAAUAUUUUAUUGGUCUAUAUUUUGUUAUGACAUUUUGAAGCAUGAUGAGUUGAAAUCAAAUGAGAAGUCACCAGAUUACAGGUCAAGGUCACCAGGUCAAAGUUUGAGGUCACAUUUGAAAUAUUUAUUCAUAUUUCACAAGCAAACUAUUUCAUUUAUAAAGCAAUACACAAAAUUUCUACAUAAACAUGACACUAAGGUUAAGAUUUUGACAGGAUGCGGGGCCUUUUAUGACUUGUGUCAGUACACCAGUUUUCGUAAAGGUGCUAAGAUGUAAAUGCAGAUGACUAGCUGAGAGUAACACUACUUAUAGUCAGUGAAUAAAAUUUUUGACAUUUUGAAACAUUCUGAUAAUAAAGUUUUUCUUUUUUACACCUCAUUUCCUCUUGAAAAUGAUCAAUAGUGGACAGUGAUUUCCUGUAUUUAAUGUAAAAUAUUGUGAUAAUGAUCUGAGUGUCUGCUGAUUGUGCCACUCAUGUAAGUUGUAUAUGUCUCUCUAUGAUUACAUACAUUAUGCACAAUUAUGCAGUAUUUGCUGAAAACAAAUUCCAAAUAAAAUAUUAUUGUCUUA